AUGGCUGGAGGAAGGAACAGAACAACAAUCACAGAGUUCAUUCUCUUGGGGUUCUCUGAGUUUCCAAAGCUCACCACUGCCCUCUUUUCAAUAUUCCUAGGGAUCUACCUGGUGACGGUAUCUUGGAACCUGGGGCUCAUCGCUCUCAUCAGGAUGGACCCCCAUUUGCACACGCCUAUGUACUUUUUCCUCAGCAACCUGUCCUUGCUGGAUACAUGCUAUGUUUCCACCAUAGCUCCUAGAAUGCUCUCAGACUUCUUCAGGAAGCAUAAACUCAUCUCCUUUACGGGCUGCACCAUGCAGUACUUCUUUUUCUCUAGCCUGGGUCUGACUGAGUGCUGUCUGCUGGCGGCCAUGGCUUAUGAUCGAUACGCUGCCGUUUGCAGUCCUCUGCUCUACACAACCAUCAUGUCCCCCACUCUCUGCCUGCAGAUGGUGGCAGGAUCUUGUAUAACUGGAUUCUUGGGCUCGUUCAUUCAGUUGUGUGCCUUGCUUCAGCUCCACUUCUGUGGACCAAACAUCAUCAACCAUUUCUUCUGCGACCUGCCCCAGCUGCUAACCCUGUCCUGCUCGGACACCUUGUUCUUUCAAGUCAUGACAUCUGUGCUCACUGUCAUCUUUGGGCUCACGUCUGUAUUGGUUAUCAUGAUAUCCUAUGGUUACAUUGUCGCCAUCGUUCUGAAGAUCACUUCAGCUGAAGGCCGGUCCAAAGCCUUCAACACUUGUGCUUCCCACCUGAUAGCUGUGACCCUCUUCUUUGGCUCGGGUAUCUUUGUUUAUAUGUAUCCUAAUUCCGGCGGUUCCUCGAGCCAAAACAAGCUGGCAUCUGUCUUGUACACUGUUAUAAUCCCCCUGCUAAAUCCAUUGAUCUAUAGCUGGCGGAACAAGGAAAUCAAAGAUGCCCUAAACGUAUGGAAGAAGAGACUCUUUUCCUGGUGUUACUGA